CACUCGGGGACUUCCGCUGUCCAUUUCUAGUUCAGGACGUUUAAAUACUUCUCGAGUUCCUAGACACGAACGCAACUCAAUUUACCGACAUGAUGAAGAUAUUCGUGGUGUGUCUGCUAGCGUGCGUUGUCGCGGCCGAGGACAAAGCACAUGGCAGCAGCAGUCAGGGCGACACGCGUUUCCUUGGGAGCUUCAUCGGCGGGCUUGCAGCAGGCUUCUUAGGCAGACCCAACAGACCCCACAGACCCUUCAGGCCUCAUGUAAACGGGGGCUUCAAUUCGGGUUACCAUCCAGGCUUCAAUAACGGCUUUAAUAAUGGUUUCAAUAACGGCUUUCAUCCUGGCUUCAGUAACGGGGUUAAUCACGGUUUCAACAACGGUUUCAACACAGGUUUUCAUCCAGGCUUCCACAGCGGCAUUAAUCAAGGUUUUAACCAUGGCUUCAACAGCGGCUUCCAUCCAGGCUUCAACAACGGAAUCCACGGCGGCUUCGGUUCCGGCUGUCGAUACUGCAGAGCUCCAGGAGGACAGGCCUACUGUUGCUAACCCGCCCAGAUGUCAGGAGGUGAAGGGCGUCCAGCUUCGGGCAACUGCUGCACCGCUUUCUGUGUCGGGGAAGGUGUGUGCGUCGGUAGAGUGGACGUAUUUGCUGUAUAUUUUACUGUAUGUAAUUUAUUAAAAGAUUAUGAGUUUCA